GCCCCCUGGUAUGCCGCUGCUGACCGAGCUGUGCGGCUGCUUCCGGCGCCGGCCCGAGGAGGUGCGCGAGCUCGACUACCGGCACUGCUCGCUGCGAGACGUGCCCGGCGAGGUGUUCACCUUCGAGCGCACUCUGGAGGAGCUCCACCUGGACUCCAAUCAGGUCUGCGACUUGCCAGUCUCACUGUUCCAUUGUCACAGUCUCAAACAUCUGGGUUUGAGCGACAAUGAGCUGCAGACUCUGCCGCCCGCCGUCGCAUCUCUCAUCCACCUGCACGUCCUGGAUGUCAGCAAGAAUGCGAUUACCACCAUCCCUGACAACAUUAACGGCUGCAAGCAGCUGCGCUCGGUGGACGCCAGUGUGAAUCCUCUGGCGCGACUGCCAGACGGCUUCACUCAGCUGCUGGCGCUGCAGGAGCUCUACCUCAACGAUACAUUCCUGGAGUAUCUGCCGGCCAACUUUGGCCGUCUGUCGCGGCUCCGUGUGCUGGAGCUGCGGGAGAACAGGCUCACCUCGCUGCCCAAAUCCAUGUCGCGGCUGACGCACCUCCAGCGCCUCGACCUCGGCCAGAACGACCUCAGUCAACUGCCGGAGGUGGUGGGCAGCCUAACCGCCCUGACGGAGCUUCUGUGCGACUUCAAUAAGAUCAGUCGCCUCCCGGCCCUGCUGGGACAACUCACCCGGCUUCAGCACUUGGACGCCUCCAACAACAAGAUCAGCUUCCUGGCCGACGAGAUCGGGAACUGCACACAGCUCGUCUACCUUCAGCUGUCGGCUAACAACCUACGGACGCUUCCUGAAUCAUGCAGUCUGCUCACCCGCCUGAUAACGCUCAAAGUGGACGACAACACGCUGACGUCCGUGCCGGAGAACCUGGGUCACAUCAGUGACCUGGAGGAGCUGAUGGCGAGUCACAACGACCUGACCCGACUGCCGCCGUCGGUCGGUCUGCUGCGCCGCCUCGCCGACCUCAACCUGGACAACAACCUGCUGCUGCAGCUGCCGCCGGAGCUGGGCAGCUGCACGUCUCUGCGUGUGCUCAGUGUCCGAAGUAACCGGUUGACGACGGUGCCGGCCGAGCUGGGUCACCUCUCCACACUAAGGGUGCUGAACCUGUGCAGCAACCGCAUCUCGCAUCUGCCGUGCUCCUUCACCAAACUGCAUAACCUGCAGGCGCUGUGGCUGUCACCGAAUCAGAACAAGCCGCUGGUGCGCCUACAGUCGGAGACGCUGCCCGGCUCGGGGCAGCGCGUGCUCACCUGCUUUAUGCUGCCCCAGCACGACGAUCCUUCGCCGGACGACGACGGAGACUGUCACGACACGCUGCGCCUGCGGCCGCAGCAGCUCGCCGCCCUGGAGGCCGACCUGGCCGCCCGCUCUCACAUUAAGUUCGCGUUUGAUCAGACGUCCGAGCCGACUGUGCAGGGACGGCUGCUGCGCGCGCCCACGCCCUACCCCAAGGAGCUGCGGGAGCUGGCCAAACACGCGCGCAACCUGCAGAAACUGGAGCGGCGGCCGGAGCAUUCGCUAGUGAACGGGGAGCAUGUUGUGUCCCAGGCCAGUGCUGGUGGGGCUGAGCCGACGGAGGCUGCCCCGGCUCGGGACGCCCCGGCUGGGGAUAGUGCGGCACAGCCGGCAACCGUCAGUGACACCAAACCCACUGACACCGCCGCGAGUGUAAAACAGGGUAAGACCACCACCCACACAUACACGCUGGUGUUGAAUAAACUUCGGAACAGUUUAGAAGAACGCGGCUCCGAAUGA